AUGGAGAAGCCCACACAACUCCACUUUGACGACAUGGACGUCGAGAAGCGCGCUAUCACUUCGCGCUCGUCGAUCGACACAAUCAACGACCUCCCGGAGACGUCCCACCAGGUUGCCAUCCAGCUGCCUUUGACCCGUACCAAUACUCGUGUUCCCAUAGUGUAUCGUACACUGUCAAUUCAUGUGUACGACAGCCAACGCUUUGACCACAAUGCACCUCCUCGUGGCGAGGACAAGAAAUGGUCCUUUGGCAAAAGCAAGUCCGCCGAUGGCGCGCCUGCUGAGGACGAUGCCACCUUCUUCGGAAAACUCGACUUUCAUACCAUCACGCCACACCUCGUCUGCCAGCGUUUCAACGUAUCGCCCGAUCAAGGCCUUGACAAGGAGGCGGCGUCCAAGCGCCUGGCUCGUAAUGGACCAAACGUUCUGGCUCAGCAAAAGCCGCAGUACUGGAAGAAGAUCGUCCGCUAUGUCUUUGGCGACUUUUGCUCGAUUCUCUGGGUCGGUGUGAUCAUUUUCUUCAUCUCUUGGAAGCCGCUUGGCAGCCCUCCCCAGGCCUACAACCUUGCCCUGGCGAUCGUUGUCAUCCUCGUCAUCUUCCUUCAGGCCAUCUUCUCUGGUUUCCAGGACUGGUCGGCCGGCCGUGUCAUGGCUUCGAUCCUCAACCUUGUCCCCGAAACGGCCGUUGUUAUUCGCGAUGGCCAGGUCUUGUCGGUUCCCUCCAGCGACCUCGUUGUUGGAGACAUUGUCCAGCUAUCCAAUGGUCAAAAGGUCCCCGCCGACAUGCGAAUUAUCAAGGCUUCCAAUGACCUCAAGUUUGACAAGGCAGUGCUCACCGGCGAAGCCGAGGAGAUUACCGGCACGGUCGACUCUGACGAACCAAACUUCCUCGAGGCCAAGAACAUUGCUCUGCUGGGUACUCAUGUCUGCAACGGUUCGGCCACAGGUGUGGUUGUUCUGACUGGUGCCCGCACCGUUAUGGGUCGUAUCAACAAGAUCACCAAUUCUGGGUCUGAGACGCGUACCAACCUCCAGAAGGAGAUUACGCGCUUUGUGAAGAUCAUUAUCGCCUUGACUGUCACUCUGGUGAUCAUCAUGCUUAUCACCUGGGUCGCCUGGCUUCGUGUUGACCAUUAUGACUUCCUUAACACGGUCGGUAUUCUUACCAACCUUAUGUCGUUGGUCGUCGCCUUUAUCCCUGAGGGCAUGCCUAUUGCUGUUGCCCUCACCCUAUCAUUGGUGGCUCGCCGUAUGCGUGACGCCCGAAUCCUUCCCAAGUCGCUUUCCGUGGUCGAGACCCUCGGCUGUGUCAACGUCGUCUGCUCCGAUAAGACUGGAACCCUUACCGAGAACCGCAUGUCCAUUGUCUCCCUCGGCUUUGUCGACCGGGUGUUCACUCCCAAGGACGCGCCUGUGGACUCAAUUGCUUUCCGGGAGCUCCGCAAGGGAAUGACUCUUUGCAACGACUCGAAGUUUGACGACAACGAUGUCAGUGCUCCGGUUGAGACCCGCAAGGUCAUUGGUAACGCUACGGACGGCGCUCUGCUGCGCUAUCAAGCCGCCCUGCCCUCGUCGGACAUUUCCAGCGCCUACUCGCGUCUCUACGACCUUCCGUUCAACUCGAAGAACAAGUUUGCUGUUACCGUUAUCGGCAACAAGGACUGUGAACGCGAGAUUAUCAUCAAGGGUGCCCCUGACAUUCUCAUGGAGCGAUGCUCGUCGUAUCUCUCGGCCGACGGCCAGACUCACCCCCUCGACACGGCUGCCAAGGCCACCCUUGUUGCCACUCAGGAGGAAUGGUCGCGCAAGGGCCAGCGGGUCAUUCUGAUUGCUCGCCGUCUGGCUCCCGACUUCCUCAAGAUUGACUCUCCCCAGAUCGAAGAGGACAUUCUCACAGCCACCUCGUCUGACCUCGUAGUUGUCGGCUUAAUUGGUAUCCUGGAUCCUCCGCGCCACGACACCAAGCACACUGUCGAGGAAAUCCGCCGCUGUGGUGCCCGUGUUUUUAUGGUUACUGGCGACUUUUCCCUCACGGCCUGCUCGAUCGCUCAGCAGUGCGACAUUUUCCGUGGCACGCACGACCCCGACCGCAUUACCGACUUUGAGGCCAAGGGCCGCCAGUCCGACUACGAAAAGGUGGCCGACGACCGCAUGGCAUAUAUCAUGGCUUCCCUUCUCGUCGAGGGCAAGGAAAUCCCCAUGAUUACCGAUGACCAGUGGAACAUCAUCUGCAAAUACGAAGAGAUUGUCUUUGCGCGCACCACGCCCGAGCAGAAGCUUCGCAUUGUCACCGAGCUCAUGAACCGUGACGCCGUCGUCGCGGUUACCGGUGAUGGUGUGAACGAUGCCCCAGCGCUCAAGGCGGCCUCGAUCGGUAUCGCCAUGGUUUCCGGUUCCGAGGUCGCCAUGGAGGCCUCCGACUUGGUUCUCAUAGGCAACUUUAGCUCCAUCAUUGAUGGUCUCCGCCUCGGCCGCCUCGUAUUCCAGAACCUGCAAAAGGUCAUCUCAUAUCUCCUUCCUGCCGGCUCUUGGUCCGAAGACUGGCCGGUCCUCCUCAACGUGUUCUUUGGCUGCCCUCUGCCCCUCUCCAGUUUCCUGAUGAUCAUCAUCUGCUGCUUCACUGACCUCGCGUCCUGCACGACCCUCAUUUGGGAAAAGGAAGAGUUCGACCUCUUGUCGCUGCCCCCUCGUAACCCCAAGAACUCGCACUUGAUCAACCUCCCCAUCUACUUCCAGAGCUACGGCUUCAUCGGUAUGAUGGAGACGAUCACCGCCCACUCCAUGUUCUUCUACUACAUCUACACGGCGGCCGGCAUCCCAAUCAACAAGAUGUUCUUUGCGUUCGCCCACUUCUCCGACGGCUAUUUCGGCCACACCCAGGCCGAGCUCAACAACUUCCUCAGCACCGGCCAGUGUGUCUACUUUGUCACUCUCGUCAUCCUCCAGUGCUUCAACUUGAUGUCCGUGCGCAACAAGCGCAUGUCCAUCUUCCAGCGUGGUCCUCAACACAACUGGUACCUGUUCCUCGGGCCUGUCGUUUCGAUUGCAAUUGCCAUCUUCGUCACUGAGGUCAAGGGCAUUCAGAACCUGUUCGGCACUGCUCACGUCCCCAUCAAGUUCUGGAUGCUCCCCAUCCCCCUCGGCCUCGGUCUACUCAUGAUGGACGAGAUCCGCAAGCUCUUGGUACGCACGUGGCCCAAGGGACCCAUUGCCAAGAUUGCUUGGUAA